AUGACUGGAAGGAAGGAAGCACGUGAAGGUGGACGCAGAGGCGGACGCGGUGAGGCGUCGCGUCAGUCGCGUCGAGGACAAGGGCUGCCGCCGGAGGAGCACAAGGCCCUGGACGACGUUGUCCGGGAGGCUCGGAAGGCUGGCGCGGAGAAGCGCAAGGCGGCCCUGGAAGAGAAGAAGAAGGCGUCGGCGGCCGAUCAAGAUCAAGCGGCCCCGGAGUCCUCCGUUCUGGAUGCGCACCAAGCAAAUCAGGAUGAGGUUCCGGAGGCGGAUUCGACCGGGUCUGUGCCGGCCGGCACCGAAUGUGUCCCAGACCUGGUGACGGGACUGGAUGAGGGUGAGUCCGCACAGAAUGAUGAACCCGCCCAGGCGUCUGUGGGAGGUGCCGAUGAGGUUGAGCCCCCGGCUGAGGAUCGAGUUUCGGACUCUCCCCAGCCGGAUGAUGAAGUCGAGAUUCUGGACGAAGCCCCGACGAUCAAGCACGAAAACCCACUGUCGACUGUCCAAGAAGACGGCGUACUGAAUGACGAAGCCGAGAUCCGGUCUGCGCUCGCGCAAUCCAGUCCGGCCGCGACCGCCCAAGCUCCCGCGCUCAAGAUUGAAGCCCAAUCCAGUCCGGCGCCCUCGGAUUCGCGAGGACCCGACGAGACCAAGACUCAAGUGAGCGAGGCUCAGGCGAAGGCGUACGUGGCCGAACAAGUGCGUCGCUGGGAGCAGCAUCGUGAACGCGCUACCGUCCCGCUCAAGGUGGAGUACGCCUGGCCCGAGGCGGCACCCGACUUCACCGAAUGGUGGACUGCCGCGCUGGCGACGUCGAAGUACCUGUCGGACCGAAUGGUCAUGGCGAGUCAAGACGCUGCGUGGAUCGCGGAGCUUGGUCCGGUACGGCUGGAGCUGUGCCUGGCACAGGACGUCUCCGGCAUCGUGAUUCCGCCGAGCAUCCUUUCGCCGCGCGAGUGCGUUGCGCUCAUCCAGUCUCUCCUCUUCGCUGCCGGUUUCAGGUUUCACAACCUGAUCCCGAUGUGGUUCCAGUCGCAGUCGUCCAGAGUCGCACCGAGUCUGGUGCGCUCUGUGGUCGAGGACGUCCAGCAUUUCCUCGCGUUCGAGCUGAUCGAGUGGCGCGAGUUGGCAUCCGGUGUGCCCUUCAAGAUCGUACUGGGUGCGCCGGACGUCCAAGACCAGACCGAGUCGAACGUGGGAAACUCUGGAUCGACACUGUCGCAAGCUGCGCGAGCACCGAUCCUGAACUACCAUGCGGAAGACAACGACGGAGAUCUAUUGAUGUCGGAUUACGAAGCUGGACUAUUGGGUCGCGAGUUCGUCCUGCGCCUACGAGUGGCCGGACUCCGGAGGACACGAUUCAUCUCAAGCAUGCGGCCUUAG